AUGCUUCGAAACGGAAUUCUGGGAAUUGGCCGAAAAUCGCUGACUUUGUCCAGAUUCAACUUGAAAAAUGCGCGAUUUUUGCAAUAUGACGCGUUCGUCGAUCGACACAUUGGACCAAGAAGAUUGGAACAACAACAAAUGUUGGAUUUUGUUGGAUUUAAGGUGAGUUUUUUGACAUCAAACAUCUAUUUUUUAUCGAUCUGAACUGCUUGGUUUUUAUUGAUAUGUUGAUGAUUUUUAUGGGAAAAAAUUAGAAAAUUUAUGUUGAGUCAAGGAUACAAAUUGAGAGAAAUUUUCGAGAAAAAUUAAUUACCCUAAUCUUGAAACAGUGAAAAAAAUAUUGUUCCUAAAUUUAAUUUUUUAUGGAUUCGAUUUGUCAUAUUUUUGUGAGUUAAAAAUUAACUCGAAUUAAUUUUGAAACAGUUUUUCUUCUUAAUAAUUGGAUGUAAAUAAAAUAUUUCACUGAAAAUCUCCCACCUUAUUUCUUGAUUGAAUUUUGAAACAGUUAAAUUUUUUGAAGAUAUUUUGGAUAAGAUCAGAAAUUUACCAAAUGAAUCUGUCCUGAAAAAAUUAAUGAUAUUUUUGAAACAGUAAAUUUUCGAGGAAAAUUUUUUGUUCUUUCUGAAUAUCGUCAGUUUUUUCAAAUAUUUUUAAAUGUAAUUAGAAGUUACUAAAUUUUUCUUGAAACAGCAAAUUUUUGAGAAAUGAAUAAUUUUUCGAAAAUUUACAAUUUUCACGGAAGAAUCAUUCAUUUAUCAAAACAGCGAAUUACCUCAAGUUCUCCAUGAAAAACUUUGUUUAUUUUUGAAACAGUCAAUUUUUUUUCGCCAAAAAUCUGUUCCAAUAGAAAAAAAAACAUAUUUUUUGCAGGACCUCGACGAUUUAACCGGUACAAAUGUUCCAAACAUUAUUAAAUUCGACAAACUUCUCAAUUUGCCAGCUCCUCUUGAUGAAUAUAAAAUGCUGAAAGAACUCGAAUCAAUUGCGGCUCAAAAUAAAAUCUAUCGAACUUAUAUUGGAAUGGGAUAUUAUAAUACAAUUGUGCCAGCUGUGAUUUCCAGAAAUAUUUUGCAAAAUAUUGGAUGGAUUUCACAAUAUACACCUUAUCAGGCUGAGAUUUCACAAGGAAGAUUGGAAUCACUUUUGAAUUUUCAGACUAUGGUUAGUUUGUUUUUAAAAUUUGAGAUAUCUGAACAUUUUUGGAUGAAAAUGUCAUUGAUAUUUCGCAGAAAAGGCUAUUCAAAUCAACUUUUUUAUAUUUAAUAUUAAAAAUAAAUUAUUUUUGAAACAGUGAGUUUUUUCAAAACCCAUAAUUUUGAUUUUCGAUUCAAUUGAAUUAAUAUAAAAUUCGAAUAUUUCUGGAAAACAUUUGUAGUACUUUCAAAAAAUCUACUAUUUCAAAAUAAUUUAUAAAAAUUUCUACAUCUCGAAAAUAAUAAAGAAAUGUUGCAUUGAUCCAAAUUUUGAAACAAAUUCACUGUUUCAAAGGAAUGUUAUAGCUUUUUUGAAAAUUAUUCAACAAUUUGUUGCUCGAUUCUAUUCCGUGCACAAAAACUUACUGUUUCAAAAUAAUUUUAUACAAAUUUGUCCAAUUUCUUGGUUAAUUUCUUUUCUUAUAAAAUUCUAUUUUGUUUUCAGAUAGCUGAAAUGACAGGACUUCCAACAACAAAUGCCUCACUUUUAGAUGAAGCAACUGCAACUGCAGAAGCUGUUGCAUUAGCAGCUCGAACAACAAAACGAAAUAAAGUAGUUGUUGAUGCUUUCUGUCAUCCACAAAAUCUAGAUCUUGUAAAAACUCGAAGUGAUCCUCUUGGAAUUCAAGUCGAAGUUACAAAUGAUUUGGAUUCUGUUGAUUUUUCGGAUAAAUCAAUUGGCGCAAUUGUAAUUCAAUAUCCAAAUACAGAAGGACGAAUUCAAGAACUCGGAAAACUUAUCGAAAAUGCACAUAAAAAUGGGACACUUGUUGUAAUGGUUUGCGAUCUUCUUUCUUUAACUAUUUUGAAGAGUCCGGGUGAUUUGGGAGCUGAUAUUGCAGUUGGAUCCGCGCAAAGAUUUGGUGUUCCUUUGGGUUAUGGAGGACCACAUGCUGGAUUUAUGGCUGUUGCUAAAAUUGAUUCGAAAAAUUCAUUGAGUCGAAAUAUGCCAGGACGGAUUAUUGGAGUUACCAAGUUAGUUUUAAAAAUUUAGGAUUGUGUUUUAGAAAUCACACAUUUUAGAUGUCCUUAUAUGUAGUUUAAAUCCUGAAGCAAAACUUCUCUUUAGAAUCUGUGAACAAUUUGAAACAGUGAUUUUUUAAAUAUUGAUUCCUGAAGAUUUACAAACUAACUUCAUUCAAGAUUUUAUCGAAAGUAUUCAAAAUUUUCAAAUCAACAAUUUUCAGCGAAUCAUUGGACCAUUGUAAAAAUUAAGUAAAAUUUUUGAAACAGUGUUUUUUUUGGAUUUUCACCAAUUUUUUAUUAUGAAGUAUCAAAAUUUUUAAACAGUGAAAAAUCAAUUUUUGUAUUUUCAAUUAUAAUUAUUUCUUCCAGAGAUGCCAAUGGAAAACGAGCUCUCCGACUUGCUCUUCAAACUCGCGAACAACAUAUUCGAAGAGACAAAGCUACAAGUAAUAUUUGUACUGCUCAAGCACUUUUGGCUAAUAUGGCUGCAAUGUAUGCAGUUUAUCAUGGACCAAAUAGAUUGACUGAAAUUGCACGAGGUGUUCAUAAAUCUACAGCAUAUUUGGCCAGUCGUGAGUUGUUUUUUUGUGAACACCGUUUGAAAACAAACCGAAAAGGAAUUUUAAAAAAUUUUGAAACAGCAAAUUUUUUCAAAAUUAAUUUAUCUAAAAAAAUCCCAUUUUUGUCAGAUCUCCGCGAUGCCGGUCACACAAUCAUCCACAAAGACUUUUUCGACACUCUCAAAGUGCAACUCCGCUCAUCAGAUUCAAUUUCCGAAUUCAAAAAACGAGCAGAAAAAGCCGAAAUGAAUUUCCGAUAUUUCGAAGAUGGUGCAAUUGGUGUCGCUUUAGAUGAAACUGUCAAAUCUGAAGAUUUGGUUGAUAUUAUUGAUGUAUUCAAUCAAAGUGGAAAAAAUGCAGAUAUGGAGAAAUUACGACAAGAAAGAUGGGAAGUUGCGAGUCCUCUUAUUGGAAAUUCAGUGCAUGCGCGAAGCUCGCUUUUCUUACAACAUCCUGUUUUUAAUACAUAUCACAGUGAACAACAAUUGGUUAGAUAUAUGAAAAGAUUAGAAAAUAAAGAUGUUUCGUUGGUUCAUAGUAUGAUUCCACUUGGAUCUUGUACUAUGAAAUUGAAUGCAAGUGCUGAACUUAUUGUGAGUUAUUUAAAACGGGUAAUUUUGAUACGAAAUUCAGUUUUACUGUUUCAAUAUUUAUAUUUAAAAAUUACAAAAAAUCAUUUGAGGAUAUUUUUUAUUCAAAAUUUUGAAGCUUAUCUAUUUUCUUCUUCUAAAAAAUCUGAUCACUUAAUUUUUAUGAACUUUUGAAACAGUAAAACUCGCAAAAAGCACGGUUUUUUUUCCAAAUUCAGAUUUGUACUGUUUUAAAAAUUUAUAAACACCAUCAUAGCUUUUACCCCGAAAAACUUACGUUUCAAUUUUUUUGUUAAAAAUAGAUGAAUUUGUGAGAGUAAUAAAUAAAUAUAUUUAGACAAAUUCUUCAAAUUUGAAUGGUAAUAAAACUGACGUGAUUUUCCCUAGAAAACUAAUCAAUAUUUUUUAGCCUAUAACUUGGCCUGGUUUCUCAAAUCUUCAUCCAUUUGCUCCAAUUUCUCAAGCUUCCGGAUAUCAACAAAUAUUCCAAGAUUUGGAAAAAUGGCUUUGUGAAAUCACCGGAUAUGACAAUUUCAGUUUGCAACCAAAUUCGGGAGCAAAUGGAGAAUAUGCGGGACUUUUGACUAUUCGAAAUUAUUUGAUUCAUAAAGGAGAAGAACAUAGAAAUGUGAGUGGAAUUUGAGAUUUUUUGGGGAAAUUUGAAUUUAACUAACGACACUCCGAUUUAUGACACUGUAUAUGUUUUAAUUUUCGGUCCCUGUGAGAUCCUUAUUCAAAAAAUUGAAUUGUUCUACAUUUCAUAACUACUCUAUCUUCUAAAAGUUCAAUUUUUCCUGAAUUUUGGCUCAUCGGAAAGUUAAUUUUGAAACUAAAAUCUCUAAUUUCCUGCUCUGAUAAAAAUAGAUUUUGUAUGACCAAAAAAGGAAAUGUUCCUACGAGAUUCCAUUUGAUGACAUUGCAUGGGAUUUAAUUUUCGGUCCCUGUGAGAUUCUUAUUGAAAAAAAUUGAAUUUUUCUACAUUUCAUAACUACUUUUCCUUCAAAAGAUUCAAUUUCUUCUGGAUUUUGGUUUAUCGGAAAAUUACCAUAAUAACUAAAAUCUGCAAUUUCCUGCUCCAACAAAAAACUAUAUUUUUAUGCCCAUAAAUGGAAAUGUUCCAACGACACUCCAUUUGAUGACUCUGCAUAUUUUAUAGCAUUUCGGCCCCUGUGAGAUUCUAAUUUGGAAAACAUUUGGAAGAAAAUAUGACAGAUAAAAAAUUAAAAAACAUUUGAUUUUAUUUUUUAAAUUCAAAUUUUAGAAGUUGAUAUGUUGUUCGAAUGAAUAAAAUUAUCCAAUUUUUGUUAUCCAGAAAUUGUGAAACAAUAUAUUUUUCAUUGAUUCAACCAUUCGAUUUUUCAAAGAAAGUUUCAUUUCUUUAAAAAAAUUUUUAAAAAGUAGACUUUUAUUGAAUUUCCAACGAAAAAAUCAAGGAAAAGAUUGAUGAUUCAAAUUUUUAAAUAAUAAAUUCACUCAAGUGGAUCAGUGAUAAAUUUAAUACAGUAAAUGUUUAAUAAAUAUCAUAAACUAACUCUGAAACAGUAGAUUUUUAUUGAAUGAAAAAAUUUCCCGAAAUCGACGACGGCUCUGAAACAGAAUUUUUCAAUUAAAAAUUUUUCGAAAAAUUUUGAAACAGUAGAAUUAAAUUUCAAAAAACAAGAGAAAAUGAAUUCAUUCAGAUCCUGCCAAGAUGCAAAUAAUAACAGUGAAUUUAAAAAAAUUUCAUAAAAUAAUUCUGAAACAGUAGAUUUUUCAAAUAAUAAAUUUUACAGAUCUGUCUGAUUCCAACCUCUGCUCAUGGCACAAAUCCAGCUUCAGCUCAUAUGGCAAAUAUGAAAGUAGUUGUUGUCGAUUCGGAUCAACACGGUAAUAUCAAUUUCCGUGAUCUCCAACAAAAAGCCGAAAAACAUUCGAAAAAUCUUGCCGCAAUUAUGGUAACUUAUCCCUCAACUCAUGGUGUAUUCGAAUCAUCGAUCAAAGAUGUUUGUGAUCUUGUUCAUCAACACGGCGGACAAGUUUAUCUCGAUGGAGCAAAUAUGAAUGCACAAGUUGGUUUGUGUCGUCCAGGAGAUUAUGGAAGUGAUGUAUCACAUCUCAAUUUGCAUAAAACAUUCUGUAUUCCACAUGGUGGAGGUGGCCCUGGAGUUGGACCAAUUGGAGUCAAAUCACAUCUUGCACCAUUUUUACCAGGACAUUCUGUGAUUCCAGUUGAUGGCAGACAAUCUGGCUCAGUUUCUGCUGCCCCUUGGGGAUCUGCCAAUAUUCUUCCGAUAACUUGGGCUUAUAUUCGAAUGAUGGGUGGAUUGGGAUUGAAAGAAGCUACACAAGUUGCGAUUUUGAAUGCAAAUUAUAUGGCGAAACGAUUAGAACACGAGUUUAGAAUUGUUUAUAAAGAUGAACAGGGUUUGGUGGCUCAUGAAUUUAUUGUUGAUUGUAAACCAUUUAAGAAGUUUGGAAUUGAAGUUGUUGAUAUUGCGAAAAGAUUGAUGGAUUAUGGGUGAGCAUAUUUUUAUGUUGAAAUUUUUUUAGAACAUCAAAUCACAUCGAAAUUGUUUUGUUGAAACAAUUUUUGAGAAUAUUUUGAAACAGUAGAUUUUCUGGGUUUUUUAAAUGUUAUGACAUCCAAAUUUUUUCUUCAAUAUUUUUUUCGAAAUCAAUUGUGUUCUGAUUGUGAGUAAUUAACCAUCAUUUUUUGCUUCGAAAAUUUUGAAUAUUUUUUGAAACAGUGGAUUUUCUGAGAAAUUUUUAUUUUUGAUUCUGAAUGCACAAAAUUUUUCCUGUAAAAUUUAUAUUUGUUUUGACUUUUUAUUAAACACUGUUUUCAAUUCGAAAAAUUUGAGUAUUGAAUUUUUUCCAAAACAAAAAAUACUUGACGGAACUGUUAAUUUUUUAGAAUUGAUUUUUUUUUUGAGUAUCAAAACACCAGACCAAACAAUUUUUCCUGCGAAAAAAAUUGAGACUUGUUUUGCUGCUAAAAUUUUAAUAAUUUUUUGAAAUAGUGGAGUUUUUUACCCAGAAAGUUUUGGCCAUAAUUUUUAACUACAUUUUUUUCAUACUUUAUAAGUAAUUUAUCUUGAAAAAUAUGUUCAAAAGGUUUUAUAUCUGUUUUUGUUUCGGGUUGAUGCUAUUCUAUCAAAAUUUCGAAUGAGAAUAAUUUUCCGAAAAUUUCUUAUCAAAUUUAUCUCAAAAAUCAAAUAUUUGCAGUUUCCAUUCUCCAACAAUGUCUUGGCCAGUCCAUGAUUGUUUAAUGAUCGAACCAACUGAAUCAGAAGACAAAGCCGAAAUGGAUCGAUUAGUCGAAGCACUUCUAGCGAUUCGCGAAGAAAUCCGUCAAAUUGAAAACGGAACUCUUGACAAAAAUUUGAAUCCACUCAAAUUGGCGCCACACACUCUAGAAAAAGUGAUCGAUGAUAAAUGGGACCUACCGUAUUCUCGACAAUUGGCUGCGUAUCCAAAACCAUGGUGUGCACAUAAAGCAUGGCCAACUGUUGGUAGAGUUGAUGAUCAAUUUGGAGAUAAGAAUUUGAUGUGCACAUGUCCACCAAUUGAAAGUUAUCAAUAA